AUGUCUGAAUUUUCCAGUCCGGUAAAAGAAUUCCCCCGAUUGUUUGGUCCGUUCGCAGAAGUGGUGGCAAAGAUGAAGACCGCGUCACCGUAUGAACAGAUCCCACCGCUCAUUGCCCCGGCGAGAUUCGUACUGAGAGAAGAUUUUGGCGUUUGGAAAUCGCAGGUACGCCACUAUUUUCGCAGGCUUCCGUCAUCACAUCGGGCAGAUGCGGUGAUUAAUCUGCUAACGUUGGAGGCUUACAAGUCAGUAAUGGACUUCGACCUCCCGGACGAUAUGGAUAGCCUUUUGGAGACCAUGAGGCGGAGACUGGCAGGACCAAAAACGGCAUUCAAUUAUCGGGAGGAGUUUUACAUGCGACAGCAACGACCUCAGGAAAGUCUUAUUCACUAUAUGGGGUCCGCGCGGCACCCUUCUCGAUUGGCGUACCUCAUGUAUACAGUCGAGGAACGUAAUUCACAUAUUCUGGAUCGGCUUCUGGCUGGGCUCAGGGAACCCAGAGUCAAAGAUGAACUACAGUUAUGGUCACCAAAAGACCUUGCCGCCGCAGAGUCAAUGACCGAGAUCCUGGACCGGAACGGUCACCGGGAAAAGCGACCUCAAGGCGUUUUCGCUGCAGGAUUUAGACAGGAAUGA